CAUACUCUUACUUGUCAUUUUAGUAGAUUGUAUUCAAACUUGAAAUGCCUACCAGGACCUCAUUGUCUCUGCCAGAAGAUGUCAGGGAACGGCUGCAAGUGUUGGACAAGGAUGGAGGCAGUUUAUCAGAUGAGGAGUGUGUAAAGGAGAAGCUCAGGUUAUUGCAGGAGUUCCUGCUGGCUGAUACUCAGGACCAGCUCAAAGGCCUUGAAGCCAAGUUGAAGAACUCAGAGCUCUCAGUAGAGGUUUACACAUCAGAAGUGAAGGCUGUGUUGAAAAAGGCUUUGUGUUUGGAAAAGGGCGGGAAUGGUGACAGGGUGGAGCAAAAUGGGCGAUCGAACGGUUUUGCCGAGAACGGAUCCCACAAGGGUGAAUUGGAGAGAGCCGCGGACGCUCAGGAGGAGGGAGAGACAAUUACGUCUCCCAGUGCCCCAAAGCCCAGGGGUGGACGGCGGAGCAAAGCUGACUCUGAACCCAAGAAAUCUCCUGUCAGUUCCAGGGUCACACGAAAUUCUGGAAAGCAGCCAACGAUCCUAUCAAUGUUUUCCAGAGUGCCAAAGCGCAAGUCUGAUGAGGUGAACGGUGAGGCCACAAAUGGAGACGCUGCAGAUAGAAACGAUGAAGGUGACUCUGAGGAGUCACGAGAAGAGAAGCGACUGAAAACGGAAUCAGAUGCAGUACCUGUUGCAGAGGACGCCACCACUGAAAAGCCAAAACUUGUGGCUCCAGCUAAGACCCCACCUCCCAAAUGCCCUGACUGCAGGCAGUAUCUGGAUGACUCAGACCUCAAGUUCUUUCAGGGAGACCCUGAUGAUGCGCUUGAUGAGCCAGAGAUGUUGACAGAUGAACGCCUCUCGCUCUUUGACUCAAAUGAGGAUGGAUUUGAAAGCUAUGAAGAUCUUCCCCAGCACAAGAUUACCAAUUUCAGUGUGUAUGACAAGCGCGGCCACCUGUGUCCGUUUGACUCCGGCCUGAUUGAGAAGAACGUGGAGCUCUACUUCAGCUGUGCCGUUAAGCCCAUUUAUGAUGAUAACCCUUGCAUGGAUGGCGGUGUCCCUGCUAAAAAGCUUGGCCCCAUUAAUGCCUGGUGGAUAACUGGUUUUGAUGGAGGAGAGAAAGCUCUUAUUGGCUUCACUACAGCUUUUGCUGACUACAUCCUCAUGGACCCCAGUGAGGAGUACUCUCCUAUCUUUGCACUGAUGCAGGAGAAGAUCUACAUGAGCAAAAUCGUGGUGGAGUUUCUUCAGAAGAAUCCCGACGCCACUUACGAAGACCUGUUAAAUAAAAUCGAGACCACAGUACCCCCCGCAGGGCUCAACUUCAACCGUUUCACGGAGGACACGUUGCUGCGACACGCCCAGUUCGUGGUGGAGCAGGUGGAGAGCUACGACGAGGCGGGCGACCCGGACGAGCAACCCAUCAUCGUGACUCCCUGCAUGAGGGACCUGAUCAAACUGGCAGGAGUCACACUGGGCAAGAGGAGAGCAGCCCGGAGACAGGCCAUUCGCCACCCCACAAAGAUCGAGAAGGACAACAAGGGCCCAACAAAAGCCACCACCACCAAGCUGGUCUAUCAGAUCUUUGACACCUUUUUCUCGGACCAGAUCGACCAGAAUAACAAAGAGGGCGGUGGGAUGAAGAGACAGCGCUGCGGAGUCUGUGAGGUGUGCCAGGCACCAGACUGUGGCAAGUGCUCUGCCUGUAAGGACAUGAUUAAAUUUGGUGGCACUGGCCGCAGCAAACAGGCCUGUCAUAAGAGAAGGUGCCCCAACCUGGCAGUGAAGGAGGCCGAGGAUGACGAGAACAUGGACGAGGAAGAUGUUUUGCCUGCCGUCAAAGCGCCGUCUAAGAAGAUGUCUCAGGCCAAGAAGAAGAAACAGAGCAAGAAUAAAAUGUCCUGGGUGGGAGAGCCCAUCAAGACUGAAGGGAAGAAGGAGUAUUAUAUGGAGGUGUGCGUGGAUGACGAGGUGUUGACAGUUGGAGACUGUGUGUCUGUCAGUCCAGAUGACCCCUCUAAACCUCUCUAUUUGGCGAGAAUCACAGCAUUGUGGGAAGACGGGGAGAUGUUGUUCCACGCCCACUGGUUCUGCCGCGGGACCGAUACGGUGCUGGGAGAGUCAUCGGAUCCUCUGGAGCUCUUCCUGGUGGAUGAGUGUGAAGACAUGCCUCUGAGCUACGUGCAUGGCAAGGUCAACGUGCUCUACAAAGCCCCGUCCAACAACUGGUUCAUGGAGGGUGGAAUGGACGAUGACAUUAAGGUGAUUGAGGACGACGGUAAAAGUUUCUUCUAUCAGCUAUGGUAUGACCCAGAGUUUGCUCGUUUUGAAACUCCUCCCGAAGUCACGUCAUCAGAGGACUGCAAGUUCAAGUUCUGUGCCAGCUGCGUCAGGAUAAAGGAGCAGGAGGAGCAGGAGACGCCUUGUGCUCUCGAGCCUCUGGAGGAGGAGGAAAAUGACUCCAAAGUGUUCUACGCUCUUGCCUGUCUCAGAGGAGAGCAGUACAGAGUGGGAGAUGGCGUUUACCUGUUGCCUGAGGCUUUCACUUUUGGGGUAAAGCCAGCCAGCCCAGUCAAACGCUCCCACAGGAAGGAAGUUGUGGAUGAGGAUUUGUAUCCGGAGUACUACAGGAAGUCAUCGGAUUACAUCAAGGGCUCAAACCUGGAUGCUCCAGAGCCUUUCCGCAUUGGCCGCAUCAAAGAGAUCUUCUGUACCAAACGCAGCAACGGCAAAGCUGACACAUCAGAGGUCAAAUUACGCCUCUAUAAAUUCUACAGGCCAGAGAACACCCAUAAGGGUGUGAAGGCUGGAUACCAUGCAGAUAUAAACCAGCUGUACUGGAGUGAUGAGGAGGUGACUGUGAACAUGGCGGACGUACAGGGCCGCUGUCGUGUGGAGUACGGAGAGGACCUGGUGGAGGCCUUGCAGGAGUACUCUACUGGCGGCCCAGAUCGGUUCUACUUUAUAGAGGCCUAUAACGCCAAGUCCAAGAGCUUUGAGGACCCACCCAACCACGCUCGCUCAGUGAUGAACAAGGGCAAAGGAAAAGGCAAGGGAAAAGGGAAAGGAAAGGGAAAAGCCGCGUCACAGCAGGACACACAGGAGCAGGAGCCUCAGGAACCCAAAAUCCGUAAGCUUCGCACGCUGGAUGUUUUCUCUGGCUGCGGUGGACUGUCUGAGGGCUUCCACCAGGCAGGAAUCUCUGAAACACUAUGGGCCAUAGAGAUGUGGGACCCAGCUGCUCAGGCCUUCAGGCUGAACAACCCCGGCAGCACCGUCUUUACCGAGGACUGUAACGUGCUGCUCAAACUGGUCAUGUCUGGGGAGAAGACCAACUCUCUGGGGCAGAAGCUGCCACAGAAGGGGGACGUGGAGAUGCUGUGUGGCGGCCCGCCUUGCCAAGGCUUCAGCGGAAUGAACCGUUUCAACUCGCGCACUUACUCAAAGUUCAAGAACUCUCUGGUUGUCUCUUAUCUAAGUUACUGUGACUACUACAGACCCAAGUUCUUCCUGCUGGAGAAUGUGAGGAACUUUGUGUCGUUCAAGCGCUCCAUGGUCCUAAAGCUGACUCUACGCUGUCUAGUUCGAAUGGGCUAUCAGUGCACAUUUGGUGUACUACAGGCAGGGCAGUAUGGUGUGGCUCAGACACGGCGCAGGGCAAUUAUUCUGGCUGCUGCUCCUGGGGAGAAACUUCCCCGUUACCCAGAACCUCUGCAUGUGUUUGCCCCACGUGCGUGCUCCCUCAACGUGGUCGUUGAUGACAAGAAAUACAUCACCAACGUUACCCGGGGUAAUGGAGGCAUCUAUCGCACCAUCACUGUUCGGGACACCAUGUCAGACCUGCCCGAGAUCCGCAACGGAGCAACUGCUCUGGAGAUCUCUUACAACGGAGAGCCCCAGUCCUGGUUCCAGAGACAGAUCCGUGGCUCUCAGUACCAGCCUAUCCUCAGGGACCACAUCUGUAAAGACAUGAGUGCCCUUGUGGCGGCCCGCAUGCGGCACAUACCUCUCGCGCCAGGAUCUGAUUGGAGGGAUCUGCCCAACAUCGAGGUACGACUGCCAGACGGGACCACCACGAAGAAGCUACGGUACACCCACUCGGACAAAAAGAACGGCCGCAGCAGCACCGGUGCUCUGAGAGGAGUGUGUGCUUGUGCUGGAGGGAAGCCUUGUGACCCAGCAGACAGGCAGUUCAACACACUGAUCCCAUGGUGUCUGCCCCACACUGGAAACCGCCACAACCACUGGGCCGGGCUGUACGGCAGGCUGGAGUGGGACGGCUUCUUCAGCACUACCGUCACUAAUCCUGAGCCAAUGGGCAAGCAGGGCCGUGUCCUGCACCCAGAACAGCACCGUGUGGUCAGUGUGAGGGAAUGCGCUCGCUCACAGGGGUUCCCCGAUACCUACCGCUUCUUUGGCAACAUCCUCGAUAAACACAGACAGGUGGGAAAUGCAGUACCCCCUCCUCUGUCUAAAGCCAUUGGACUUGAGGUCAAAAAGUGCAUCCAGUCCAGGAUGAGGGAGAACGCGACAGAACCUGUGAAACAGGAGAAGAUGGAAAUUUGUGACUAGAGCCAUCCUUCUUCCUCAGAGCGUUGAAUUUCCACACAGGAACGCCUC